AGAGAUCUAACUUAUUUUCCUUUCACUUUUCUCAGGAUGCUUCUGUGGCCUGGGAUUGAUUUACGGCAAUAAAUCGUGCACCAUGCCUCCAAUCACCUUCCAGGACCUUCCACUAAACAUCUACAUGGUGAUAUUUGGGACUGGAAUCUUCGUGUUUGUGCUCAGCCUGAUAUUCUGCUGUUACUUUAUCAGUAAACUGCGACAUCAAGCGCAGAACGAGAGAUUUGGAUAUAAAGAGGUUAUAAUCAGAGGAGACGCUAAAAAGCUGAAUUUGCAUGGGCAGACUUGUGCCGUUUGCUUAGAAGAUUUCAAGACUAAGGAGGAGCUGGGGGUGUUACCGUGCAAACACGCCUUCCACAGGAAGUGUCUGGUGAAGUGGCUGGAGAUCCGCUGUGUGUGUCCCAUGUGCAAUAAGCCGAUCGCUGGAGGAGCUGAACAGCAGCAGGCUAUAGGCACUCUCCUGGAUGAAUUGGUUUGACACAAGACAAACAAACACAGGCGAAAACAAAAGAGGUUUGGGGGAAGCCAAGAUUUUCUAUUUUUUUACCUUUGCGAUUUGUCAGCUGACUGACUGACUGACUGAAGCCGUGAGCAUUUUGUGGCACCGCAUCGACUGUGUGUCUGUCACUGCAGCAACGCACGCACACCCAGCAAUGUACCUCUUUCCUUCACAUCCUCCCAACGAGAGUCAGUGACUGGGGUGGCUGGGGUUCAAUGGUAUGUCUCUGCUUAAGCUUUUUAUUAUGAGCAACACUUAAAAGUCACAGAACAUUGACGUGGCCACUGUCCGCACAUAAUGUGAGCCCUGAACACACAGACACAAAACACACGGUAUACACACGUCACAUUGCAUGUACACAUACAUACCCACACACUUCUUUUGGUCCGACGGUUGUCUGACACAUGCGGAAACCCAUCAGUAUCCAAACCCAACUGGACAUGUGAGUAUUACACCUUUUACCCACUGACAUGUACACACAACUACACAGUCCUGUACACAAACUGUAUGAUCCUUCCUGAACACUCAGUGACUGAAAAGACCACAUACAUAGAUCUCUGCUGAUGCAGUCAAACGCUAACCAAAAUCUCAGAGAGGCCAGUGAAUGGUGAAGCUGCUUUAAGUAACUACUUCGAGGAGAGAGGCUGCAGUGCAUGGAAUGCUGUUAUGGAUCAUGUUCCUCUGAUAUCCAAUUACAGCACUUAUACAUUACCCACAGGAGCACCAGAGCCAAAUGCUUUGUGAGCACCAAUAUGUUAACAAACUCCCACUCCGCACUCUCCCUAACGAUUUUUAAUACAUUUUAGGGAGGAAUUCUUGCCUAAUAGUGUGCUGGCACAAUUUGAAAAGUGAUCUAAAUAUAGUUAUAUCUCCCUAUUGUAAUACAAGAGCAAAAUAUCCCCCUGAGGAAUUAAAUUGUCUCACUCAGAGCAGACGGAACAAAGUUCUGCUUUUGGUUCUUGUGGGGAAUGGAAACAGUACACGUGAGGUUAGGGGAGGUUGCAACAGAAUAUUGUAUUUACAGUCUAGAAAAUCAAUGGUGACUCUGACCUGGGAGUCCUGCACAGACUUGGACCUGUAUAAAAUAUUGCAUGCUGUGCUGGGUCAUUCAGGGUGUGGAAGGCUGGACUUGGAAGAAGAAGGUACUGGUUUGGGAUCCCAGUGCCUCAAUCACUGUUUCAUUAGUACUAAAAUGUUUGACAAUAUCAAUCCUGGUGGAGCCAAGUGGGUCCACAGUAUCAGUGAUGUUGAUUGAAGGUUGUAGGACGUCUUCCCUUGAAUUGUGGGGUGAUCUAAUUGAGGUAUUUGAAAUGAUAAUGUGAUUCAUUCAAUAGGGUAGCUGCAGAGAAACUAUUUCCUUUGGUGGGUGGGGGGAAUCCAGAACAAGGGGGUAUCAUCUUAAAAUUAGAGCUAGGCCAUUUAGGAUCGAAAUCAGAAAGUAUUUUUUCACGCAAACUCUAGUGGAAAUCUAGAACUCUCCCCCCCAAAAAAGGCUGGGGAUUAUGGCUGGAUCCAUUCACAUUUUCAAAACUGAGAUGGAGAGAUGUUUGCUAGGUCAGGUUAUCGAGAGAUAUGGGGCAAAGACAGGCAAUUGGAGUUGAGGUACAGAUCAGCCAUGAU